AUGCGUGCUUAUGUGAGAGUUAAAUAUGGAAUCUAUUUGGAUUCCUCUAGUGAUGAAGAAGAGAAAGAUUUGGUAAUGUUUACACAACUAUGUUUGGAUGAAAGAUUGCGUAUUAUUAGACAACCUGUACUAAGGGAGGUACAAACACGUAUUGUAAUAAAGUGUGAUCGAGUGUGGCAUGAUGCCAAAAUGAUGAAUGAUUAUUUUACACCUGGAACUGGUUAUACCUCAAGACAAUUCAAACAACGUCUAGGCAUGAGGGAAUACUUAUUCGAGAAAUUGUUAGGAAAAUUGCUUGCAGUUGAUCCAGAAUGGAAACAACGUCCAGAUGCAACCGGUACUAUGGGGAAUUCUCCGCAUAUGAAAUUAGUUGCCGUGAUGAAAUGUUUAUGCAAAAGUAUGCCAGCUGAUAUUGUUGAUGAUUACACUCGUAUGGGCGCCACCACAAUAUACAAGUAUCUAAAAAUAUUUUGCCAUACCGUUUGCAUGACUUUUGGAGUAAGAUAUUUGCGUGAACCCACUCCUGAAGAUGUUCAUAGGUUGCUGCAAGAGAAUGCAGACCGAGGUUUUGCUAGAAUGCUUGGUAGUGUUUAUUGUAUGCAAUGGCCAUGGAAGAAUUUUCCGGUAUCUUGGCAAGGAACUUAUCGGGGUAAAUAUAAAGAGAGUAUUUUGGUAUUAGAGGCGGUGGCAUCAUACGAUCUGUGGUUUUGUCAUGCUUUUUUUGAAAUGCCUGGAUCAAACAACAAUUUGAAUGUGUUGGCACACUCUCCCCUUUUUGAUAACAUGCUAAAGGGUGUAACACCUCCAUGCAAUUAUGUCAUCAAUGGUCACCACUACAAAAUGGGUUAUUUCUUAGCCGAUGGUAUCUAUCCAAAGUUGACUACAAUUGUACAAGAUUUUCACAGACAUUGGACAUUCCCGACUAUGUGA